AGCCCGAGACUUUCAGCGAUUUGUACCUGCUUUGUCCUGGUGUGUGUUAAGUCUGUUCAGAAGAUGGCUGACCCUUGGCAGGAGUGCAUGGACUGUGCAGUGACACUAGCAAGACAAGCUGGAGAGGUGGUUCGUGACGCCCUGAAAAAUGAAAUGAAUGUUAUGAUUAAAAGUUCUCCAGCUGAUUUGGUAACUGCUACUGACCAAAAAAUUGAAAAAAUGCUUAUCUCUUCUAUAAAGGAGAAGUAUCCAUCUCACAGUUUCAUUGGUGAGGAAUCUGUGGCAGCUGGGGAAAAAAGUGUCUUAACCGACAACCCUACGUGGAUCAUUGACCCUAUUGAUGGAACAACUAACUUUGUACAUAGAUUUCCUUUUGUAGCUGUUUCAAUUGGAUUUGUUGUAAAUAAAAAGAUGGAAUUUGGGGUUGUGUACAGCUGUGUGGAGGAUAAGAUGUACACCGGCCGGAAAGGGAAGGGGGCCUUCUGUAACGGUCAGCAGCUGUGGGUUUCACAGCAGGAAGAUAUUACCAAAUCACUCUUGGUGACAGAGUUGGGCUCUUCCAGAACACCAGAGACUGUAAGAAUUAUUCUGUCUAAUAUGGAAAAGCUUCUUUGCAUUCCCAUUCAUGGGAUCCGAGGUGUUGGGACAGCAGCUGUUAACAUGUGCCUCGUUGCGGCCGGCGUUGCGGACGCGUACUACGAAAUGGGCAUUCACUGCUGGGACAUGGCGGGAGCUGGCAUUAUCGUUACUGAAGCUGGUGGAGUGCUCCUGGAUGUAACAGGUGGACCGUUUGAUUUGAUGUCACGAAGAAUAAUUGCUGCGAGUAGUAAAACAUUAGCAGAAAGGAUAGCCAAAGAAAUUCAGAUAUUACCUUUUCAAAGAGACGAUGAAGAUUAAUUACAGCAGACUCAUAUGUUCAAUCACAGUUGCAUCUCCCCAGGUUUUGCUGAUGCACUGAUGGGGUUACAAAAUUUAGGACACCUGUUUCAGAUGUAUAAUAUAAUUGGUUUAAAUUGUCAUUGAUGUCCAGAUUAAAAAAUUGCAACUUGUUUUAUAUUUUACUAAACUAGAUAUGAAAAAAUAGAUGAAAUGUUUGUUUUAUUGCUUUAAAAAAAUUUUGCACGGAAGAAUGUACUUUGGGAAAAAUACACAGGCAGUUCAUGAGAUCGGUGUCAUCAACUGAGACAGUCAGUUAGCAAUGUAGCGUUUCUAAGUAUAUAUGAGCCUCUGAAGUUUUGACUUACAAUUUAUACACAUAAGCAUUCU